AUGGGCGUGCCAGACAGCCACUUACAAGACCUCGAGCGUCAGCGCCUCGAACUCGAAGACAAUAUCUUGAAACUCCAGGAGUCGUUGUAUCAUUGGCGGACAUGGGAGGCCGAGUACGACGGGUUGAAGGAGGAAAUCGGCAAUCUAGACGACGAUGCUACGACGAGCGAUUUUCUCCGGAUAUGCCGCAACUUCGGCGGGUCGCUGGUCAAUGAAGACGAGGUCAAGGUGAUUCUGGGCGAGAAACAAGGCGUGACACGAUCGAGGCAACAAGUUAUCGAUUUGAUAUCGAGGCGGAUUGACUACGCGAAGGAAAAUGUUGCGACGAUGGAAAAGAGGCUGCGCAAAGCAGAGUCUCAGCUUUAUGCGCUGGAAACUUCCGAACAACUUCCCUCAGAACCUACUGCAGAUUUUCAAAUGACGGAGAUCAUGGAGGAGCUCGAUGACGAUGGUAAUGUGAUUUCGAGCUCAACCUCGACGCCUGGGAAUCAGGCCCCGGAACUCCUGGAAAUUCUGAAAAAAGCUGGUGUGAAGGACAUACCAGAGGUUCCGAAGCGGAAAGGCACAGAAAAUGCUGCACGACCUGUUAAUGCUGAGGAUGAUCGGGCUGGUAGGGCCGUAGAAAUCCAGGCUCCUGGCCCCCAGGAUCACCAGGCCGAAAAACAGGAUGAGAGAGUCACACCUUCAAAAUUGCAAGCGGAGACGCAAGAGGAGCAGCCUAUCACUGAUAUCGAUGAGCCGCCGGAAGACGCAGAACUACGCCGUGAGAUGCUACGAUACAGCUUGGAUGAGGUCGGAGCUGUCGUUGCCGAGCUUGAGCUAGACGAAGAUGCGGACGAAGUCUCUGUUGACGAAGAAUAUGACUAUGAUGACGAUGAGGAAGAGGAAGAAGACGAAUUUGGAAGGACGCGUCCUGUCCUGGACGAAGACUAUCAUCGGCAGAUGCGGGAGCUGGAGAAGAAGUUGAACGCCAAGGGCUUGUGGAACGUGGGCAAAGAUACCACUUCCCUUCCAGAGGAUAUUCAGAAGGAGCUUGAACGACCUGCUGUUGUUCGCAUCGAGAAAUCCGACGAUUCUGUUGAUACGGCAGUGAAGGAGAACAAGCCGAAGAAAAAGGUUGCUUUCGCCGAAGAGCUGGAUAUUGCUCCGGCCCCUAAACCUGCUGUUCCCGAGAAGAAGACUCUUCCACCCAAGCAGCCUGAAGUGCCCACAAUGGCGGACUCAAUUGUUGAACGCACCCAGCAGGACGGGAAGACACCAGCGGCAAGUAGCGGUCCAAAGAAGGCCUCGCGCUUCAAGAGUGCCAGGAAAGCAACCACGGAAGAGAUACCCAGCGUCGUUCCUCCGACCAACGGCAUCCGAGCCUCAGAUCCCCGCCCAUCCCAUCGCAAGCCCGCGGCCCCAACACCAGAUUCCAUUCCUCUCUUCCCCGCCAAACCAAGGCAACCCAAACCAUUCUCACAACCAAUUUCAGACAUCAUUGAAAAGCCAACCCCGCCACCUCAACCCGAAGGUACGGAGGGGAAAAUCCUCGCAGACACCCUUGUCGAGCGAACCGUCUCAGAAGGAGCCGCCGUCGCCCCCGAACCAGACGAGCUCGACGAGCAGCUGCACAGGAAAGAAAUCGCGACGGAGUUCUACAGGAUGCGAAACCGGAAGAUCCAGCAGAACGGUGGGUUCGUGGACGACGAGCCUGAGAUGGUUCCCAUAGACACCGAUGAAGCCCCCAAGCGCGUGAGCAAGUUCAAAGCCGCGCGGAUGAGGCAAUCAUAG